AGGGGGAGAUUUUAAAACAUUGAUAUAAUAGAAUUUAGACAUGAUGCAUUGUCAAUGUUUUUCUGUGAUAGUUCUUUAUAAAUAUAUUUUGCGAUUGCAAGUGACUAGUUUCUGGUUAAUCACUUUUGCUGAAAUUUUGACCAAUUACAUGUUAAUUUUUUUUAUUUUGUUAAAGUAUUAAAAGUUCUUCAAAUUUUCUUUCAAACAACCAUUUAAAAAUUGUUAAUUUUUAAUUAUUUUCAACGACAUACAUAGCUUGGGAGCCAUAUAAAUAUGGUGGAAGAGAGUGAAAGAGAGAAACAGAGUAAAACUGAAAGAUGAGUUUUCUCGCGGGAAGGUUAGCUGGGAAAGAAGCAGCGUAUUUUUUCCAGGAAUCCAAACAAGCCGUAGGAAAAUUAGCCCAAAAAAACCCUAUUCCUAAGUCCAACAGCAACAACAACAACAACCUAAACUUCCACGAAGAACAUGAUCAUUCGGAUGUUCUUCCCGAGGUGCUAAGACAUCAUCUUCCUUCCAGAGUGUUCAGAAAUGAUGAAGUUACCACUUCUUCCUUCUCUGCCUCCAAAUGGGUCCUUCCUUCCGAUCCAAAAAUCCAUUCUUCCGUAUCCCCCGACGCUCUCAAUCCUCUACGUGCUUACCUUUCCCUGCCCCAAGUCUCUUUUGGCCCCAAAAGGUGGCAACUGCCCGAAGCAGCAAACACAGUUUCGGCCUCAACAGCUAAUGAAUUGCGUCAAGACAGGUUUGCCACUCAUGUUAACCCGGAGAAGUUGAAAGCUGCUGGUGAAGGGCUUGCACAUGUUGGAAAGGCUUUUGCUGUUGCCACUGCAUUUGUAUUUGGUGGUGCUGCAUUGGUGUUUGGUACGGUGGCCUCCAAGUUAGAGCUGCAUAAUAUCAGUGACAUCAAAACUAAGGGAAAAGAGUACGUGGAGCCACAACUUGAGAGUAUCAAAGAACAAUUUGCUCCCUUCAAAAUAUGGGCUGAGAAUGUGUCAAAAAAGUGGCAUAAGGAAGAGGAAGAUGUUAAACAGAAGACUAUCGUAAAGGAGCUAUCUAAAAUUUGGGGUAGAAAAACAUCAGAUUGAGAUUUAUAUGACUUUAGUUGCUUUAGAAAUAUGUGGCAUGGGCAUCCAAUGAUGGAUAAGUUGGAUAGAGUAUGCCUCUGGCUGUUGUUGUGUCUGUAAAUUUUGAACCGGAGAAUAAAAAUAAUAAAAAGUAUUAUUGUGUAUCA